CUGAUGGCGGUGUCCGCGCUCUACGGGCGUAUUUUGCAAGUACAAAGAACAAAGAUCGAGCAUACGCUAUAUAGGUAUACAUGAGUGUGUAUUGUGUAGGUAUACUUUACAGAGGGCAGCAAAGUUCAACUUUUUGUUUUAAGCUGAAUAUAAAAUUUUGUUUUGAUGAACAUAUACGACUCUUGAUAAAUGAGAGACCUGACACGUGGGUGGUAUAAUCAGUAAUGAUCAGAAUGUCGUAACAAACUGUCAUAAAAGCCGCACGUGCUUACAAAAUUUUAGUUGCGGUUCGGCAUUGCAGGUUAAGUUUAGUUUAAAAAAGUAUUUUCUGUUUUUCCACAAAAUGAUCAAGACAAGUUAUAUCAGUUGUGCUUGCAAUCGGCUGCCCCACACAGCUGAUUGGGGAAGUAAUAAUUUAAUAUGUUACGCUGCCAACAAUGCCGUAGCAAUAUAUGAUCCGGAAGCUAAAAAGUUUGGAUCCGUUCUGUCAACGCUCCAUGCCCACAGUGAUAGAGUGAAUGUAGUGCGAUGGAUUAGACCUAGAUUUUUAAAGGCAGAGACAGAAUUUCUAUCUGCAUCUUCUGAUGGUACUGCCAUUAUUUGGAAUGCUACAGAUUUAAAAGCAGGUUCUUUCAAACCAACAGACAUCCUUCGAAUCAAUGAACCUACGACCAUAUGCGACGCCAUUUAUUUUUCAUCAAAUCCAUCUGAUUUACUCAUAUGCACUGGCUCAAUUGAUGGUGAUUUUAGAUUCUGGUUAAGAGUUGGAGAUCAAGAAAUUGAACCUACACAAAUACUGAAUUUUUCAAAAAAAUUACCCAUUGAAGCAAGAUUAGCUCUUUUGCAAAGUCAACAUGGAGAAAAUCCAAACCCUUUGUUGUUAUUGGCUAUGGAGGAUUCAACAAUUUUAUUAUAUUCAACAACAUGCAAUAAAGUCAAUGAUUCAAAUCAGAAAAAGAUUGGAGACUUUGUUAAAGUACAAACUCUAGUUGGACAUGAAGAUUGGGUUACGUGCAUUGAUUAUUUUUUAACUGAUUCGAAUGAUUUAUUUAUUGCUACUGGUUCUCAAGAUAACACUAUACGUCUAUGGAAAAUCUCAUCUUGUACAAACAAUCAAUCAGCAAUUGAUGAGACUGGAGAACUAAAACAUAAAAAGCAAAACUUUUUUAUUCAUAACAGAGAAUAUGAAAUAAUUUUAGAGAGUAUCCUUAGUGGUCAUGAUGCUUGGAUUUAUGAAGUUCAUUGGCACCCUGCAAUUGAAGUUAAUGGUAGACGUAGUCAACCCAUGAAGCUGCUUUCUUGUUCUUUAGAUAAGUCUGCAAUUAUUUGGGAACCCAGUGGUAGUGCUGGUAUUUGGUCUGAAAUUAUGAGAGUUGGAGAAGUAGGUGGAAAUUCUUCAGGUUUUUACGGAUGCAAAUUUGGACCAAAUGGAAAGAGCAUUUUAACGCAUGGCUAUCAUGGAUCAUUUCAUAUGUGGAAUUAUCAAGAAAAAUCUCAAGGUUGGGUACCAAGAACAGCACCAAGUGGACACUUUGCUGGUGUGGUAGAUCUCUGUUGGGAUCCCAAAGGAAGAUUCUUACUCACUGCAAGUAUUGAUCAGACAACAAGAGUUCAUGCUCCAUGGCCACAGGAAAAUGGAGAAGAAUCUUGGCAUGAAAUUGGAAGACCACAGAUACAUGGCUAUGAUAUGUCUUGUUUAGCCAUGCUCAAACCUUACAUGUUUGCUUCUGGGGCUGAAGAAAAGGUUGUACGUAUUUUUAUUGUUCCACUAACUUUUAAAAAUUAUCUAGAGAGGAUAACAGAUGACGUUGAUGAAUUUAAUGCUGAUACGAUGGCCGAAGGAGCAUCAGUUCCUGCUCUUGGCCUGACCAACAAAGCUGUUCUAGACGACGAACCAAAUGACAUAAAGUCACAGAAUAAUCAAAUAGAAAACUCUAGGAAUAUAAAUUACGAUGAACCUCCUUUAGAAGAAGAAUUAGUUCGAGGAACACUAUGGCCUGAAUUGCAAAAGCUUUAUGGACAUGGUUAUGAAAUAUUUUCAAUGGCAGCAAGACACGAUGGAACUUUGCUUGCUACUUCAUCCAAGUCCACGUCUGCAGAACACGCUGCAAUAAUAUUGUGGAAUACAAAAUCUUGGUCUCAGGCACAAAAAUUAUCAGCGCAUCAAUUAACUGUCACACAGUUGGCUUUCUCACCUAAUGACAAGUAUCUACUUUCUGUUUCAAGAGAUAGGCGGUGGGCUCUUUUCAUUAAUUGUGAAAAUGAAAAGUAUGAAUUGUUAGUUAUUAGUUCUAAGAAGGAUAGUCUUCAUACUCGCAUUAUUUGGUGCUGUGCAUGGACAAAUGAUUCCAAGUACUUUGCUACAGGGUCUAGAGACGGCAAAGUUGGAAUAUGGAGUGCAAACAUUAAUAAGGAUGAGACCCCAUCACCUGUUACUGAUUUGCAUGUAAAUGAUUCUUCAGUUACAGCUUUAGCUUUUGCACCACUCGAGGCGCAGGAUAAAUUUUUCUAUAUUCUUGCUAUCGGUUACGAAAGUGGAUCUAUAGAUGUAAGAAAAAUUCAUCAAAUAGAUAAUCAAGAAUCUUAUGAUUGGGUUCAACUAGCUUUUCUGCAAUCAUCAAGUGCCCAUCAAUCCACUGUAAAAAGACUUGCUUUCCGCCCACAGCAUAAAACCCAGCAGAAAAAUGUUAUACAAUUGGCAAGUUGUGGAUCGGAUAGCGUAGUUAAAAUACACGAUAUAUUGCUAGAAUAAUUUUAUACUGCGCACACAAAUCACAUGAUUCACUUUUUAAAGCUAUAAACAUUUUAUAAAUGAUUUGUAAUAUUUAAUUUGAAAUACAUAAUUUUCAAUUUGUUUCACAAACAUACUUA